AUGGGUAAAGGUAAAGGCAGCUAUCUUUUGAGUCAUGGGGACAUCCUCAAAGUAGCUGUCGACAUCCAUAUCCAGUUCAAGUCUGCGGAUCCCGAUAAUGUGAACAAGUUCACCCAGUUGCAGCAACUCGAGAUGCGAAGAUUCCAAAAGAACUAUGUGAUCACGCAACGUAUGCUUGGCUCCGGUGCUUUUGGACGCGUGCACAUGGCCUUCAAUGCCAAUACUGGACGGCAGUUUGCUUGUAAGAUUGUUGACCUUCAAGCCAUCAAAGCCGACUUUCAGGAAGGAUCUCGGGCCCAAGGGGAUUCGUUCGAAGGACAGGGGUCAAAGUUUUUUGCUAUAAAAAAACGGUCGUUGAAGUACACCGCAACGACAGCCAAGUCUCCUCGGAUAAGGAAACUCGUUCUUGAAAAGAUCGCAAUGCAGCAGCGAGAGUCCCUGCUUCUGGCAGAAUUAUCUCAUACUUUGCUUGCUCUGGAGUACCUCCAUGACCGAAACAUCGUGCAUCGAGACGUCAAACCUGACAAUAUUCUGAUGACCUCUCUCGAAUCCGGCGGAAGAGUUGUCUUGGCCGACUUUGGAUGUGCAAGACUGGUGAACCAGACUGUUCAGCGAAUGACGAGUGUUGUUGGGACUCUGGAGUACUGCGCGCCAGAGUUGCAUCAAACCAACACCAAAGGAUACACCAAGGCCGUUGACAUGUGGUCCUUGGGUUGUGUCGCGGCUGUCUUACUUGUCGGCAACACUCCAUUCGACGACCCAUGUAUAUCCACAUCCAGCAAUUUGCUAAACUUGGAUAUGGAUAUGAGAGCACUUGAGAUCGGUUCACAACCCAGAGACUUUGUCCGUCGAUUACUCAUCCAGGACGAGACUCGGCGAAUGGAUGUGAAGCAGGCACUGCAGCACGACUGGUUCACCAACCCCGCACAGACAGCAUGGUUCAAAGAGAUGUACACACGUUCGAUUCAAGGAUGGAAGCCUCGCAGCUCCAGUGAACCCGUGAUAGUUGAGCUUACCAGUUUCUUGGGCGUUCAGCUUAACAAGCGGUUACCCUCAGAGUCCGAAUCGAGUUGGUCACCCAAGGAAGGUGCACGCUUCGCAGACGUGGACCACAUCUCUGAGAGUUCAUGGGAGAAUGUUCCACCAGGGGGCGUGAAGUCGCUCAUAUCGCCUGCCAUUUCGAACUCGGUACCUGCAAAGAAGGCAUCACAUCCUUCGCCUCUUGUCUCACUUGAUCAAAACUCUGCAAACAAACCGAGACGUCCCCAGGAAUUCGUGCAACAAGUCAAGGCCAAUACCGACGUGAAAUUUAUCAGUCAGAUCAAGCGUGAACAAAUCGAUCGACCCAAGUUGGAACGACAGGUUCUGUAUGUGCCAUCUUGUGAAAGUCCCAAUGUCCAGAACACCACGGAAAAGAAUCAGCCAGCACCCAGGGAAGGGAAACAAGCGACGAAAGCCAAAUUCACCCUCAACAAGGAAACGGGCAUGAGGAAUUUCUUCUUGUCGCCGGGAAGCGCAGCAUUUCCCCCUAUUGCUCAUUCGGGGACUGCUGCCCCGCAAAAGUCUUCGAAGGACGACAGCGACGAGUCUGACCAGGUGUACGAAGAGGUGCGCAAUCCUGUCACCGGGAAGCGAAAGCGACUCAUAUAUGGCCGGGAUAUGGAAUUAUUGAGUCGGAUUCUAUGA